CAAUUUGUCAACUUAUUUUGACUCUUCUCUCACAGUUCACUUAUUUUCAUUUUGUCGGGUACCUUUCUCGGCACGGUUCAAGAAUUCAGAUCUGCAUUCAAUCGUGCUUUAGAGCGGACGAUAGAGGAGUAUAUUCUCGUGACCUUAAUUCUUUCGCCGGAAAAUUCAAAUGGCUGCAGAGAAAAGCAAGAUACUGAUCAUCGGCGGGACCGGCCACAUCGGAAAAUUCAUCGUGGAAGCGAGCGCAAAGGCCGGCCAUCCUACCAUUGCUUUGGUCAGAGAGACCACCAUUUCCGACCCCGCCAAGGCAAAACUCAUUGACGGUUUUAAGAACUCCGGCGUCACCUUGCUCCCCGGAGAUCUUUACGAUCAUGAGAGUUUGGUGAAAGCAAUCAAGCAAGUAGAUGUGGUGAUAUCGGCAAUAGGCUUCAAGCAGUUGGCAGAUCAAGUGAAUAUCAAUGCUGCCAUUAAAGAAGCUGGGAAUGUCAAGAGAUUCUUCCCUUCAGAGUUUGGACCUGAUGUGGGUCGGACUAAUGCAGUUGAGCCUGCAAAAUCUGCAUUUGCAACCACUGCUCAGUUCCGCAGAGCAGUUGAGGCUGACGAGAUUCCUUAUACAUUUGUGUGCUGCAACUACUUCGCUGGCUCUUUUCUCCCUACAUUGGUACAAAUGGGAGCAAAUACUCCACCUAGAGAUAAAUUCAUUGUCCUAGGAGAUGGCAAACCCAAAGCAAUUUUUAACACAGAAGAGGACAUUGCAACCUACACCAUCAGGGCUGUUGAUGACCCAAGGACAUUGAACAAGAUCCUUUACAUCAAACCUCCUAAAAACAUCUGCUCAUUCAAUGAGCUGGUUUCCUUGUGGGAGAAGAAAAUUGGCAAAACUCUUGAGAAGGUCUAUGUUCCAGAGGAGCAAAUUCUGAAGAACAUCCAAGAGUAUGCAUUCCCAGAUAAUAUUAUGCUAGCAUUCAACCACUCAGCCUUUGUGAAGGGAGACCAUACCAACUUCGAGAUCGAUUCUUCUACUGGGGUUGAAGCUUUUGAGCUUUAUCCGGAUGUCAAAUACACCACCAUCGAUGAAUACCUCGAUCAGUUCGUCUGAGAGAUUCCCAACUUUUAAACCUGCUGUUGAAGAAAUAAAUUACUAGUGGGUUGGUAUAAAUUUUCUGAAGCAUCCGAAAUGUAAUUUUGAAUAAACGUACUCUCUUUCAUUAGCAUUUCUGUUGGCACCCAAUUACAUUUUGACGUUCACCCGUGGCUAGAGACGCUUUCAUACAUGGUGGAACAUGAAACAUCUUAAAUCAAGAAACCCUAAUUAGUUCA